UGAAAUUUCAAAACCAAAAUUUUUGAUUUUAUCUACCAAAAUUUAAAUUAUAAGUUACAGUCGAUCAAAAUUAAAUUUUUGCCAUGUCAUGGUUUGUGGGUUCGGGGGGUUCCUGCGUUCUUGUGUUAGAAAAUAGUGCGAGGAUUUUUUUUGCGGGUGUCGCUUGUUUUUGGUUCAGAUGCUUUGGGUUUGGAAGUUUGGAGGGAAGUUGUGGAUUUUUUUUUUGGCUCUUUAAUAUUGAUGCAGUCCAUUCCCAUAAUUUACUUUCACUUUCUAACACAUUUUAUACUUACUACACAUGUGGAUCCACUUCUGUCUACUGUCGGGAGCGUGCAUUGCCUAGAAGUGAAGCUCGGUACAAUUGCACUGAUGAAAUGCCGCCCGUUAGUAUGAACGGUCGCCAGGGUGGCGGAAAACCACUUGCACUACAUGAUGGAAAUGAAUGCGGUGAAGAACAUCCACUUCCAAUCUUUUCGACACAAAGGCCUCCUCGAUGGCUGGUCUAA